CAAGAGGGGCCAGCCCCCCCGGAAGCGAUGGCCCAGCCCUACCCCCCAGCCCAGUACCCCCCCCAGAACGGCAUUCCAACGGAGUACGCCCCUCCCCACCCCCACCCGCCAGCAGACUACACGGGUCAGAGCGCUCUAACGCUGUACACACCCACACAGACACACAGCGAACAGCCCGGCAACGAGAACAACACACCCACCCUCACAGCCACACUAUCGCAGGCAGACGAGGUUGCGCAGACGGAGGUUUCCCAUCAGCUCCACCUGCAGCAGUGUGAUUCGUCAGAGAAGCAGCAGCCCAAACGGUUACACGUCUCCAACAUCCCUUUCCGCUUCAGAGACCCAGACCUCAGGCAAAUGUUUGGGCAAUUUGGGAAGAUUUUAGAUGUGGAGAUAAUUUUUAACGAGCGAGGCUCCAAGGGUUUUGGGUUUGUAACAUUUGAAACGAGUGCCGAUGCGGACCGUGCACGUGAGAAACUAAAUGGUACAAUCGUAGAGGGACGCAAAAUAGAGGUUAACAACGCAACAGCAAGAGUUAUGACAAACAAAAAGGUGGCAAACCCCUACACGAAUGGCUGGAAGCUGAACCCAAUGGUGGGAGCUGUCUAUGGUCCUGAAUUGUAUGCAGUGACAGGUUUUCCCUACCCUAGUACAGGAGCGGCAGUAGCCUAUCGGGGAGCUCAUUUGAGAGGGAGGGGGCGGGCCGUCUAUAACACAUUCCGCGCCGCGCCCCCACCCCCACCCAUGCCUGCCUACGGAGCGGUGGUUUACCAGGACGCCUUCUAUGGUGCAGAGAUCUACGGGGGUUAUGCAGCAUACAGAUAUGCACAACCAGCAGCCACGGCUGCAACCGCAUAUAGUGACAGUUAUGGGAGAGUCUAUGCAACAGCGGACCCAUAUCACCACACGAUUGGUCCUGCAGCCACGUACAGUGUGGGUACUAUGGCUAGCCUAUACAGAGGAGGCUGCAGUCGCUUCACUCCGUACUAGAGCGAGAGAGAGGGACAAACGCCCCCCCCCCCCCCCCCCCCUCCUCCCUCC